CAGAUGAUAUCAAAGUGCCUUUACCAGGAAACCAAAAUUCGCAGGGCCCGCAUGGAAACUCCCUAGCCUACAUCGCAAAUAUAUGGGGGAAUCCUUCGUGAUUACGUCAUCGCUGAUCGCGGGCUACAUGCCCCUUCUUGGUAUAUUCAUUCUAAUAAUAUUUAGAUAUGAACACAAAGACGUGAAAUAUAUGUUUCGACCAUGUUGGAAGUUUUAGAACACGCCCACAAUGCUUCGUAUUGUUAAUUCCGGUCCCGAGCUAGGAGUGCGGGCGUAAUCAGACCUGAAGCGUCCACGACGGCUCUGCGUCUCAAUGUGAACUGAGCCUCUCAUUCCUGAUCUUCUUCUGUUCGCUUUUCGUAGUGAGAAAGUGUUUCCAGUUCAGUUCUUGACGGCAGGUAAAACCGUUCCACUGCCUUCUCACCAAUGAAAGGCAAGUUGUUUCUCUGGCAACACGUCGUGUUUAUAUAAAGGUGGCCUAGAACUUGAAAAGACUCAGUUUCUCGUUGACAAGACACGAAUUGGCUUGCGAGGAAAAAUGGACACAGCGAUGAUUCUCUUCCAGUUGAUGGCGAUCUUGGCAACGUGCUCGUCUUCAUUCUAUGGACAGCUUGAUGGCUAUCCCCACGAAGUUGAGACCAUCGACCUCGGCAGAGCGCAAGAGACCACUCACACCAUUCAGUUCCCGCUGCCGGUACGAACCGUCAGAGUCACUAAAACCGUCGCCGUCCCAAUUCCAGUCCCAUACCCAAUUCGGCGAGACGUCCCCGUGCCAGUUCUAUAUCCGAAACCAGUCCCCGUGCCAGUGCCCGUCCAGUUGCAACAGCACCAAGCGGCCCCUGUGGGGCUCGUUCUGUACGACGCCGGGAGGUCACUGGCUGGUUAUGACGGCUACCCCAGCGGUACCGGCAGAACAGGAGCCACGAUCGGGCACCACGAGGGGUCUAUCGGUGUCGUUGUUGGGGCCAGCUAUGGGGUUUCGGGUCCGGUUGGCUCUGCAGGGAAGUACCCGGGAACUGUCGUACCCGAAUCCGUCGGUGUCAACGAGUACACUCAAACCGGUGACCUCGGUCAAACAGCACAUCGAUACCAAAACAGCGGAAGUGACGCGAGCUCCAGUACCGCUGGAUCAGCUGAUAAUUACAGUAUUACGAAGUCUGUAGAGACGACUUACGACGGAUCUGGUCCAGACAGUAGGACGAACAAUAUACAGGGCUACGGGGAAGACCCGAAGGGGAAGUAAGGUUAAGAGACUAGAAGAUGCGGAGUGUUUGUAAUUUUCCUUCUGCCUGACGCGAACUUUGCCAAAGUCUCCUUUGGUCAACAGACCGAAGUAACCCGUAUGAGGCUGACCCAACACCAGAUUCAUUGACAUGUCGUGUUUAACGGAGUAACACGGCAACAGCAAACGACCUCGAAGUCCCAUUACUUCCCCGCUACUUGAACAGAUUACUUACGACUUGAAACACUUUACAUUACAAUACAACGCGGUGACACACUAAGAUGAGAUCUGAGGUUCUCAUGGCUGUGACGCUGGACGCAAUCUGCCUGCAUCAACACUAAACCGGUAUGUUCCGUAACGACCAGAAAUCAAUGUAGGAUUUGAGGUUUUCACGGCGGUGAGUCGGUAGAUGGCUGUCUUCUGGGUUGUUGCGCCGUCUAGUCUGGUAAAAAUUUACUCAUCGCCCUGAAGAUGGAGGCAGCAAGGAUCUCUAA